AUGAAUUCUUCUUCUUCUAAAAUUUGUUCGGCGGCCUUGAAACUUGACAUGAACAAGGCCUAUGAUAGGGUAAAUUGGGAAUUUUUAUGGGAAGUUUUGAGGCGUUUUGGGUUUCCUCCGUAUUGGGUUCAUGUUUUACAACAAUGUGUCACAACUAUGUCCUAUCAAAUUUUGGUCAAUGGUACGCCUUCUCAGCCCUUCAGGCCUAAGUGUGGCCUACGUCAAGGUGAUCCUUUAUCUCUAUAUUUAUUUGUUUUAUGUAUGGAGAUUUCUUCCUUAAUUUUGCGUCGGGAUGAACAGCGUGGCUUGUUCCAGGGGUUGAAGAUUUCUUGCAGGGCGCCUUCUGUGUCCUAUCUAUUUUUUGCUGAUGAUGCUUUGUUAUUUUUCCGGGCUUCGCCAUCGGCUUGUGAUCAGAUUCUCUCAAUUACGAAUGAAUUUUGUUCCAUCUCUGGUCAGAUGAUAAAUGUGCAGAAAUCAUUUGUGAAAUUUAGUUCUAAUACUCCAGAUGAUUUCAGAGAUUAUUUGUCGUCGACCUUACGGAUGGAAGCUAGAUCGUCUUUAGGCUAUUAUCUUGGGCUUCCGGUUGACUUGGGGCGGAAAAAAUGUCAGGAUUUCCAUUUUCUGUUGGAUAAGGUGGCCCAACGCCUCUUGUAUUAUGCUUCGCUGAACCUUUCAUCAGCGGAAAAGCUGGUUAUUGUUAAUUCGGUGCUGGUGGCUACUUUUAAUCAUAUUUUAUCUGUGUUUAAGGUUCCAAAUACAGUUUGUGAGCGGUUGGGUUCUAUGUUGAUUCGGUUUUGGUGGAAAUCAGGUAAAGAUUCUAAGGGUUUGGCCUUAGCUUCUUCUGCGCUUCUGCAUUCUCCUGAAGGGUUAGGGGGUUUAGGUAUCCGUCAUCUUCGUUCUUUCAAUAAGGCCCUUUUGGCUAAAAAAUCUUGGCGGCUUAUGAGACAGCCACAGCUGUUAGCUUCUCGGAUUGAGUUUAAAGAAGAUAUUCCUGAUAAUGAUCGACCUCGUGUUGUUGCUGAGUUACUACAAAAGAUUGAUGAUUUUGUAUACUGGAAGUAUACUAAGGAUGGUAUAUUUUCUACUAAGACAGCCUACAAUUAUUUGGUGUCUCAACAUUUUAAUUUGGAUCUUGUUCGAAGUUCUGCAAUCUGUUGGAAACGGUUGUGGGGCACUCCUCUCCUUCCGAAAUGGAAGAUGUUUGCUUGGAAAGUUAUGCAUAACGCUCUUCCGGUGUCUGCGUUACUUGUUCGCAAGGGUCUUCCUGUAGAUCCUAUUUGUAUUUUCUGCCGUGCUAAUUCAGAGUCGAUCAUUCUUUUGUUUUGGGACUGUCCUCUGAUGCAAUGGCUUUGGGGGGAGGCCAAUUUAACCCGUUUAGUUGCUCCUUUUGUGUCUGGUCCUUGGCCAAAGUGGUUCUCGGACUGUAUCUCUGCCCUGAUUGAUGUAAGGGACUGGGAUAAUAUGGAUAGGGUGUUUGGUCUUCUGUGGGCUAUUUGGCUUACUAGGAAUAGUGUGCGUUUUUUAUCUGAGGUUUUCUCUCCAUAUUCUAUUCUUCAAUUAGCUUUUUCUUGGUAUGAAAGAGGUAAAGCGGCUCGCUUGUUUGGUGGUUCUUGUUUUGGAAGUCCUCCUGGUUUUCAUAGUUCUCCUUUGCUUCGGGUGCUUAGGGGUAGCAGUGGGGAUAGUUGUGAGUUGUCUAUUUGUUUUGAUGGUGCCUGGGAUGCUGUUACUCAUUGUGCAGGUGUUAGUUGGUGUGUGGUGGAUUCUUCCGUUGCUCCUCUGGUGCAUGGUGGGGCUCGUGCCUGUAUGGCUAACUCGACUCUUCAAGCUGAGCUUAUGGCCUGUCCUGGGAUUGCAGAUAUAACUGUGGCUUGGGUUAUUAAGGAUAUUCGGGCAUUGUUGGAUUCAUUCGUAGUUUGUCAUGUGUAA